GGCCCCGCCCCCAUUGGUCAGUCCGCGAAGGCCCCGCCCCCCCGAGCCUCUAUAAGGCGGGCGGGGCCAGCGGUGGGCGGAGACUGGAGCCCAAGUCUGGGGUCUGCAGCGGUAUUGGGGGCUGCGGCUGCGCGUGCCCAGGUGAGUGCCACGCGGAGGGCGUCCAGGAGAGCCCCGCAGGUUUGGGGUCUCCAGAUCAGGUGGGCAGGAGAGGAUCCGGCAGCGUGAGAGGGGAGGGAGAUGACGGGCCAGAGCAGGUGGCUGAGACCCUUGGCCCAGUUGGCUGAAGCUCAGGACCCAGUUGGGCAGGGACCAGGGCUGUGAGGGCACAGGGUGGGGAUAAGGGAAGAGCUGCGAGCGAGGAGUCUCAGGUCGAACUUCCCACUCUGAGUCUGCUUAGAUGAGUGCCCCUGGAAACACCAUGGUCCUGCUGUCCGCCUCAGUUUCCCUGUCAGUCUGUGGGUUUAUCGGGAUUCUGCAGCUACCACCUCCACCCCUGCAGGGGCUGCGUGUGCAGUUCCGUCCAGGAAGGGUGAGUCGGGGGGAGGGCAGGGGCAGCAGGGACCUCUUCUCUUUCGCAGAAGAGGAAACAGCUCAGAGCGGUGAAGGCACUUGCCCAAAGUCACACAGCAGGUAAUGGUAGGAUUUGAACCCAGAUCUUUCUCUCUCCAGAGCCCAUGCUUUGAAUCACUACAGUAUCCCCACCUUGCCAGAGCUCUCUAGUGUGCACCUACUGUGUGCAGAGCCCUGUGCCUGCAUUGUCCCUGUCCCUCACGACACUGUGAGGGUGUUGGCAGCAGGCAUGUCAGAAGAUGAGGGUGCUCAGCCCCCCAGAACCAGCCUGUGGGAACAGAACCAGCAGCGCGGCUAAGGACAGGCACCCGCUGCUGGGCUCUGCCUGCCGCCUGGCUGAGCACUGCGUGUGUGGCCUAACGACCCGCGCCCUGGACCACGCCCAGCCUCUGCUCAGCCACCUGCAGCCCCAGCUGGCCACAGUGAACAAUCUCGCCUGCAGGGGCCUGGACAAGCUGGAGGAGAAGCUGCCUUUUCUCCAGCAACCUUCAGAGACGGUGGUGACCUCGGCCAAGGAUACGGUGGCCAGUGGUGUGACGGGCGUGGUGGGCCUGGCCCGGCAGGGCCGCCGCUGGAGCGUGGAGCUGAAGCGCUCCAUGAGCCACGCCGUGGACGUCGUGCUGGGCAAGUCGGAGGAGCUGGUGGACCACUUCCUGCCCAUGACUGAGGACGAGCUUGCGGCCCUGGCAGCCGAGGCUGAGGGCCCGGAAGUGGGCUCCGUGGAGGAGCAGAGGAGACAUCAGGGCUACUUUGUACGUCUGGGCUCCCUGUCGGCGCGGCUCCGCCACCUGGCAUAUGAACACUCCCUGGGGAAACUGAGGCAGAAGAAACACCAUGCCCAGGACACGCUGGCUGAGCUGCAGGAGACGCUGGAGCUGAUCAACCUCAUGCAGUGCGGGGUGACACCCACUGCCCCGGCCCGCCCUGGGAGGAAGGUGCACGAGCUCUGGGAGGAUUGGAGCCAGCGCUCCCCGGAGAAUGGCCACCGGCUCCGCAGCCAGGCAGAGCUGGAGACGCUGGUGCUGUCCCGGAGCCUGAUGCGGGAGCUGCAGAGCACCGUGGACGCGCUGGAGACCAGCGUGCGGGGCCUGCCCCCGGGCGCCCAGGAGAAGGUGGCCGAGGUGCGGCGCAGUGUGGACGCCCUGCAGUCUGCCUUCGCGGACGCCCGCUGCUUCGGGGACGUGCCGGCCGCCGCCCUGGCCGAGGGCCAGGGCAGCGUGGCCCGGGCCCAUGCUUGUGUGGACGAGCUGCUGGAGCUGGUGGUACAGGCCGUGCCACUCCCCUGGCUGGUGGGGCCCUUCGCACCCAUCCUUGUGGAGCGGCCUGAGCCCCCGUCUGACCUGGAGACUCUGGUGGACGAGGUCGUGGGGGGCCCUGACCCCCGCUGGGCUCACCUGGACUGGCCGGCCCAACAGAGAGCCUGGGAGGCCCAGCACGGGGACGGGCCAGCCCUCCCAGAGGACAUUCCCCAGGAGGAACCCACGCCCCCCAGCCGCCCCAAGCACACGCUGAUGCCAGAGCUGGACUUCUGACCAGAUGGGGCCAUGGGGCAGCAGAGGCAGCAAGCAGGAGGCGCGCCUGUAUCCCGAGAUCCCUGCUGCCCCCUAGUGGCCGUGCGUACGCACUAACCACCCAUGCUGUGGCCUUGACCCAGGAGCCAGGUUGGGGUGGGGGGCUGAGUUCAGAAUCCUAGACCGGCCUCACUGAUCUAGACCCUCCCCAAUCCUUCCCUUGGGGUCCCACUAGCCCCAAGCUGGGUUCAUCUGUCUGUGGCCCCCGUCCCUGCACCCCAGGAAGCAGAUCAAAACUCCUCACAAAAGCACACAUUUUGCCCAAUGGCUUCUACUUGGGGUUUUGGAAAGUGAGCACCCUCCACCCCCCACCUGUACACCCUGCACUGAGGGGUCCCCGAAGACAUCCAGCUGCAUUAGCUGGAACUGCCAGAUCCACUUGCUUUGCCCUUUGGGGUUUGUGCUCCAGAAUAAAGGUGCUUUGUGUGGUCCAAA